GCGUAUCGCGAGUGUCUCGCGAGUGAUCAGCGUUUCUUCCUUCUACGCGUUCGCCGUUUUUCUCGAGUGUUCAUACUAAAAGCGAGAUUACACCGAGUGCCAUCGCGAGACAUUGGUUACGUUCGUGGUUCGCAAAGGUGUGGCAGCGUUAAGCCAGAAACGCAUGCGACCAAGGCAGAAAAGAGUUACGACGUUGCAGCGUUGACGGUAAAUGCAGGGUUCGGUGAAUGUUGGAGGAAACAGAAUGUCCAGCGAACAAGCGCGAGCAAGCGCCGUCGCGACCAAAGAAGACGUGGGUUACAGGAGCGUUGAGAUCGCGUCCGCGUUUACGCAUCUACCGCAGAAAGAGAUGGCCCGGGAUACGCCAGGCUCGCCAAUGUCCAGACCGAGAGACCUGGUCGGCGGAGUUGGUGCUACGACCACCUUGACAUCGGGCGGCUAUCACGCUGGUUCCGGCGAUCCAGCGAGCCUGCAUGGUCACGUGCUGCAGCAGAAGAUACUCGAGCUACAGCAGCAUCAUCAACUUCAGCAACAAAUACUGCGGCAACAGUACCAAGCCCAGGAGCGACAGUUGGCCGAGUUACACGAGCAACAGAUGCACCAGCUAAAGCUCUGGGAGCAGCAAAAACAGCUGGAAGAGCAGAGGAGAGAAAAAGAGAGACUCGAAGCACUGAGGAAGAAGGAUAAACACGACCACAGUGCGAUCGCUUCGACGGAGGUGAAGCAACGACUUCAGAGCUUCCUCGUGAACAAGAAGCAAAGGGAGGCCGCGGCCGCUGCGAACGGGGCCGUACCUGGUACACCCGGAUACAGAAGCUGNCUCGUUCCCCGUUCCACGCGAUGCUCCUCGAUGUCCGCUCCCCGAACCCUGUGCCAUCGUUUCACACUACUCUCCGGCCCGAUACGACGACGACCAACAACUAACCCUGGCUAAAAUUGGCCAGCCUCGGAGCCGAACCUGCUGAAGGUGCGACUAAAGCAACGCGUGGAGAGGAACAUGGCCGCGUCGAGAAAUUCACCCCUGAUGGCACGCCGGAAGGAUCGCCUGCUGUCGCACCUCAAGCGGAAAUCACUGCUAGCAAAUUCUAGCAGUAAUCCGGAAUCUGGGCCUAAUUCACCACCGACCGUAAACAAUUCUCAAGCGAGUCCCACCGCGGCAGCCAACGCAGCGGCAGCCAUCCAAGAAGAGACGGAAAACACCGGCUACGGAGGUCCAUUGACCAGCAGCAGUCAGCAAGGUAGCCUGUCGGAUCUGUCGUUGUUCAGUUCACCGUCCAUGCCCAACAUCUCGCUGGGGCGACCUCACGUUCCAUCCGGUUCCAGUACGACCGGUACGAAAUUGGCCACCGUCUCGGAGGCAGAGGUACGCGCGACGCAAGUAGCGCAUGCGAGGCUGCAAAAGGCUGGUCACCGGCCUUUAGGUAGUAGGACUCAGUCGGCGCCUCUGCCGUUGGGCCAUCCGAUGCUGCAAGGUGGCAUCAUGGCGCCGCAGACCCAUUACGAGGAGUACCUGGCCGAGAAGCAACUGCACGAUCAGCAGCAGGCGCACAACUACCUCAAACAGCAGAUUCGUCAAACGGUGUUGACGCGUGUCGGAUCUCGGGGACAGGCGAAUCAGCUGGACGAAGCACCGGAGAACGACGAGUCCGCCGAGGUGAUAGAUCUCACCGGAGGCAAGAAAGAUUUGUCGGAGGAGAGCGAGAUCUCGAAACAGCAACGGGAUCGCGAACAGUUUCUUCAGCAGCAGAGAGAUCUGAUGAUGAGACACACCUUGCAAAUAUCCAACGAGUCGUCGACGGCCUACGGCGGAAGCGGUACCGGUGGCGGCAGCAGGAGCAGUCAGCCGAGUGCCAGACCGCUGUCCAGAGCGCUGUCCAGCCCGUUGGUUCACUUGACGCGCGACGCAGGUCCUCAGGGAAGCCAAGACACCACCGGUGAUCUGUUCGCGCGCGCUUCUUCCCAUCGAUCCACUACCGGUUUGGCCUACGAUCCGUUGAUGUUGAAGCACGCCUGUGUCUGCGGCGAAACGGUUCGUGGUCAUCCCGAGCACGGAGGCAGAUUGCAGAGCGUCUGGGCACGGCUGUCGGAGACAGGACUGCUACAGCGUUGCGAUCGAAUACGUUCGCGCAAAGCCACCCUCGAGGAGAUUCAAACGUGUCACAGCGAAGCUCACGCUCUUCUCUUUGGAACGAAUCCGAUGAACCGACAAAAGCUGGACGUAUCGAAGCUCUCUCAACUUCCGAUCAAGAGUUUCGUGCGGCUGCCCUGCGGCGGAGUAGGCGUCGAUUCCGACACCACGUGGAACGAACUGAAUACCGCGCCGGCCGCCCGGAUGGCUGUCGGUUGUGUCGUCGAUCUGGCCUUUAAAACCGCCAUGGCUGACAUUAAGAACGGUUUCGCCGUCGUAAGACCGCCCGGACAUCACGCCGAAACCAACCAGGCCAUGGGUUUCUGCUUCUUCAAUUCGGUCGCGAUCGCUGCUCGAUUGCUUCAGCAGAAGCUCGAUAUCAGGAAAAUCUUGAUCCUGGAUUGGGAUGUCCAUCAUGGGAACGGCACGCAGCAAAUGUUCUACGACGACCCACGGGUGCUGUACAUGUCGAUACACAGGCACGACGAAGGUAACUUCUUUCCAGGAACCGGUGGACCGACCGAGUGCGGGGCUGGCGAGGGUCUGGGCUACAACGUGAACGUAGCCUGGUCCGGUGGGCUGAAUCCUCCGAUGGGUGACGCGGAAUAUCUAGCCGCGUUUCGUACGAUCGUCAUGCCGAUCGCCAAGGCGUUCGAUCCCAGCAUCGUCCUCGUCUCGGCAGGAUCGAGAUUCGACGCCGCCGUUGGCCAUCCCGCGCCCCUCGGAGGCUACAAAGUUAGCCCCGCUUGCUUCGGCAAGAUGACGCAACAGUUGCUCGGACUGGCGAACGGUAAGGUUGUUCUCGCUCUCGAAGGUGGUUACGAUUUGGCCGCGAUUUGCGACUCCGCCCAAGAAUGCGUUCGGGCUCUGCUCGGGGACGAACCUACUCAACUUCGGGAAGAGGAAUUGACGAGGAUACCUUGUCAAAACGCGGUCGACACGCUGCAAAAGACGAUCGCCGUGCAGAUGUCUCAUUGGCCUUGCGUCAAGCUGAACGCGCACACGGUGUCGAUGAGCGCGAUCGAAGCUGGACAGAAAGAGCGCGACGAAACCGAGACGGUCUCCGCGAUGGCCUCUCUGUCGAUGCAGCAGCCUACCAAUUUAACGACUACCCCAGAACAUUCCCGAGAAGUUUCCGAGGAGCCAAUGGAACAGGAUGACGCCAAAUGAAGAAAGACGCGAAGCUGCUCGUCGAUCGUGUUUCGAAAUAGUCACGAGGCUAUCGUUGCGUUCGCAUCGCUUCUUUAUAAAAUAUGAGCGACGACCGACACGAAGCCGCUGUGAGCUGUGAGUUGGCAGCUGCUGCUGACGCCGC